GUUUGUCGUCUGCUAUACGCGUUCAUUUCGAUCAGCUGCAGUGGUGAUUUCAUCGAAUUUACAUUGAAUAAAGUAGGCUAGCUAUCACAUUCAUGCAAUAAAAUGUUUAAAGGCCCGUUACAUUUGUGCACCAAAUCAACUAUCAGUUCCCUAAGCGCUUUCAUGCGACUUGAAGCUCGCCAUGCGUCCACAACUAGCAAGACAAUAUCAGAGGGAAAAGAAAAAUGGGAUCUACUCAGCGCUGUGUGUGUCGAAAGACACCCGGUGAUUUCCAGACCUUUGAAUGAUAUGGAAACAAAGUUUCAACAAUACCUUGAUCAAGUGGAAUUUGAGAAUAGUAUGAAAUCUGAUCACGAACUGAGGGAUCAAAAAGAUAAAGAAAUUCAGAAAAGUCUCAAGACAGGCACCGAGGAUAUUGACACAGAUGCAAUAAAACAAACUGCACAAGAUUUUGAAGAUGCUUCUUUAGAUGAACUAAAGAAAUUCCAAUUUGGAUCUAGGGUAACUGAGGCAGAUAAGAAAAAUGACUUGACAUCAUUGGAUCGCAAGUUGGAUAGAAAUUUGGUAUUGCUAGUAGAACAGCAAGUGGGUGAGAAGACUUUCUGGAUUCCUCCACAAGGUCUUAGAAAAGACGGGGAGACGUUGCGACAAACAGCAGAAAGAGUGCUGAAAGAAAGCUGUGGCGAAACCCUGAACGUCAAGUUUUAUGGAAACGCACCGUGUGGUUUUUACAAGUAUAAAUACCCUCAACCAUUGAGACAAACAGGUGUGAUAGGAGCAAAAAUAUUUUAUUAUCAAGCAAAAUAUUUGAAAGGUAGUUUAACAUCCCAAGCUAAAUACCAGUGGUUAGAUCGUGAGGAACUGGAGAACACACUGCCAGUUCCUUUAAAGAAAAGUGUAACUCAAUUUCUGAUAGAUGAAGACUGAGAACACUGAUGCAUAGGCUUUUAAAAAGAAAUAAUAUAACUAAAGCACUGAAAUUUGUGCAACUGAUGUCCAACAAUUUUGAAACUGAAAAAGUUUACACAAUUAGCUUACAAUAAUCAAGAUUCAUACUCUGCUAAAUAAAAUUGCAAUAAUGAAUCCGAAUUGUAUUCUAGAUUUAAAUGACUAGUUUUAAUAAAAAAAAUAGUUUCAACCUAAUGUUACCUAUAA